UGGAACCCCACUGUCUCCUCCAGCUAAAAGGAGAAGAUAAAAAACCAAAAAAGGAUUCUACCCAAAACUUAUUCCUUUGCUGUAUCAUCUUCUUCUUCUUACUCAUCAUCGUCUUGAUCUUUACACAGAUCCUCCAUUUUCGAAUAUCUAAAGUUUAAUUCGAGGAUCAGAUCUUGACAGCAGGUAGCUCAAGGUGAGGUGUUAGAUCCGUCCUUUGUGAUAAACCUUCCUGAGAUUGAGAAGAAGAAGAAGGUGUGAAAAGUGAAGGCAAGGCUUUGAGAAUGUCUUUUACAGGAACUCAACAGAAAUGUAAGGCUUGUGAGAAGACAGUGUAUGCUGUGGAGCUUCUCUCAGCUGAUGGAGUUGGCUAUCACAAGUCUUGCUUCAAAUGCACUCACUGCAAAAGCAGGCUUCAGCUGAGCAGUUACUCAUCCAUGGAAGGUGUGUUGUACUGUAAGCCUCAUUUUGAGCAGCUCUUCAAGGAGUCUGGUAGUUUCAACAAGAACUUUCAGUCACCUGCAAAGCCGGCUGAUAAAUCAACUCCUGAACUGACAAGGACACCUAGUCGAGUUGCCGGCAGGUUCUCUGGUACACAAGAGAAAUGCGCCACUUGCAGUAAAACUGUGUAUCCUAUCGAGAAGGUAACAGUGGAGAGCCAGACAUAUCACAAGUCCUGCUUCAAGUGCUCCCAUGGAGGCUGCCCGAUUUCGCCUUCCAACUAUGCAGCUCUUGAAGGAAUCCUGUACUGCAAGCACCAUUUCGCUCAGCUCUUCAAGGAAAAGGGAAGUUACAACCACUUGAUCAAAUCAGCUUCCAUCAAACGCUCUGCAGCUGCUGCUGUCGCUGCCGGUGUACCAGCAGCCGCGGUUCCUGAAUCUUAAAAUUCAAUAAUCUCUUCUCCUCCUCUUCUCUAGUCUAAAAUAUGAAGUUGAUGCUAAACUGAUUCAGAUUACUUUUCUCUUUGUGUGUGAGCGUGUGUGUAAUCUAUCCUUUCAUGUUCUUAUCUCCAUUGAUAUCUGCUAAACAAAUCUUUGUUUGUGUUGAGUGUUGACUGUUCGUGAUUUGGUAUCUAUAAAAUCUGAAACUUUCGUUUUAUAAAACUUCUU